UGUGUGUGUGUGUGUGUGUGUGUGUGUGUGUGUGUGUGUGUGUGUGUGUGUGUGUGUGUGUGUGUGUGUGUGUGUGUGUGUGUGUGUGUGUGGAAUACCCUACCUCAGUAGAGUUGCAGACUCGCCCCUGAGCACAGAGACUACAACAAGAAGCGAAGAGGAGGAAAAGUGAAGCAAAGAGGCUCCAGAUUCACAACAGAAAAAGGUUAAGCCCCGCCCUCUGAUGAAAACAUAACCAUUGACCUCCCAGAUUUCUACGCUGCUUUGAUGGCAGAAAAGGCACCUCCCCCGACAAACUCCUCGUCCUCAACCACCUCCCCCUCCUCCCAUCACAACGGAAGGGUGUUGUCAAUGAGUCCCACCCCCCACAGGGACACUGGUUCAGCCGCACCUGUAGGACCUUCAUCCUGUAGUCCCAGAACGAGCACCUCGCCGCGCUCCCCACUGCGUCACAUCCUCAGUCUGGCCUCUAGAUCUGGGACGGGAUGUCCUUCCACCAAAGCACCCAGCGCCACAAGUCCGAGGAUCGCGCCCAAGCAUUCAGAGUCCAAUGGGCCCAGAAUACGUACUUUCAGCAACAAGGCUAGAAGGAGUGUGAAGGAGGUGUCCCACUCUCAGACCGAGGAGCUGCUGGAUCUGAUCGCGGAGGCUCAGCGGCAGAGGAUGGAGGAUCAGAGGGCUCCGGGGCCGGCCGUUGUGUGUGGGUCGUGCUGUCUGGACACCAGCCAAGACUUCUACAACAUGCUGAUCCACUACCAGUCUAGGAGGAUGGAGGACCAGAGAUGUUGGAUGCCAGAUACGGAUGAAGGUCCCAACCCGGUUUCUGACAGUCAGGAAGAGGGCUAGAGACACAAACACACACACACAUAUGCAAACACACAAGCACAAACACACACACACACACACACACACACACACACACACACACACACACACACACACACACACACACACACACACACACACACACACACACACACACACACACACACACACACACACAACAUCAUCCAAAACUAAGGUAAUCCUUUAUGACAGUGAUAUUUUGUCGAACUUCAUUCAAUUUAGUUGUGGUGGUUAAUGUAGUAAAAAACGUAUGGUUCCAAUCUUGCCAGCAGCCAAGUUGCUUUGGCUAUCUUGACCUUAGAAUAAAUGCAGUCUGCUUGUUUCGCUCUGUUACAUAUUCACAAACAUAAAGGUUCACUCAGUGUGUAUUGGGGCAAUAUAUGUUAUUAAUUAUACUGUAUGAAAAUAAUGAGUAUAGUUCAUCCCUCUACUGCUACUGGCCUAAGGGGUGAUUCCAAACACAGCUCUCAUUGGUUGCAUUUCAUAUUCUGUCAACACUGGGUUGGAUAAAAUAUGAUGAACAUGUGACACAGCUCAAACUAAAAGGUUUCAAAGCUAUUCAAGCUAUAUACCCAGGAGUAUCAAAUGCCUAUGUCACCAAUGGCUGCUAUACACUCUAAUAAUGCAUGUCUCCAUGUCUUUUCUACCUGAGGCUUCUAAUUGGGAAAAUUUUACUUUUGGUUUGGAUUUAAAUAUUUCUAUCAUACAUGCUUGAAUUAGCCGUACAGCAACCUAACACACAGGCAUGUAGGCCUUCAACAAAGUGUCCAUUGCACUCAGCUGCUGAAUAUGGUGGUGCUUAUUGAAUAUGCUUGUUGUUAAAAGAACAACGAAAAUGGCUGGUGGUGUAAGAGACUCCGCCCCUUCAGACCCUCAGACCUUUCUGAAGUUCCUCAGACCUUUCUGAAGAACUUCAGACCUUCGUGGAGAUCCUCAGACCUGCCUUGAGACCCUCAUGUGCCUGCCUGGAGACCCUCAGAUCUUCCUCGAGACUCUCAGACCUUUCUUAAGACCCUCAGACCUUCUUGGAGACCCACAGACCUGCCUGGAUCCAGUGAGAGAAGAACAACAUGAGAGAUGAGCCCCCCCCCCCCAACUUGUCCCCCCAAGAUAAGCAGGAAAGGACAAGUGCUGUACUGCUCUCUUUUUAAAUAACAUAAUUCUUAUUUGAUUUAGUAUGGAUGGUGCAUAUGUUUACUUUAAAACAGCUUAAUUUAAAUAAGCUAAAUAAUGCAUGUCAAGGUAACAGGCUCAUUCUUUUCGGUUUCCAUAAACUUAAACUCCAUGCAUAUUUCUGAUAAACAAUGCACAGCCGACUUUACAAGUGGUGGGUGGUUAUUUCCGUAGAGAGACUUCUUGAAUUGCCUGAGUUUAUCCAUUAGGCUUCCUUCCUUCAGGCAGCCUACAGCCUGCCUGAUAUUCACCAUAAAGCCUACAGCCAUGGACUGCUCCCUGUUGACUGCCUCUUCCACUGAAUGACAUGUUGGUCUAAUGGCGGCCUGUGAAGAGACAUCGACUUGAAACAUGACUGAUUUGGGGAGCUUGUUAACACAAAACGACACAUUAGGCCUACUGUUUGAUUAUUGGAACAUUGUAGAUGUAUCUUCACAAUUUCACUUGAAACAUGAUGUUGUUGGAGAAGUCAUUGUCAUUUUCUUUAAUUAUAUGGUCAAUAAAUGUGAAUUAUCUGUUAUAAAUAACAAAUGUAAUUUAAAAAGUGACAAAAUACACUAAAGGUUGACAUCAAAUAA